GCUACAUCGUCUCACAUCCUACAUAAAGUACCUCCCUCCACUGCGUAAACGGAACUUCACUUUUUCGCAGAAUUGACGUCGUUGUUAGAACUAUAAGAAGGCUAGAGUCCCAGGGCCUCCUGUGCUCCCUUGCCGUUCCAAUCACGUACUGUCAAAUCAGCCACCUUACGAUAUCCCUUCCACCUGAAGCAAGUUUGUAUAUGAUACUGAAGUGCUGGCAAGAUCCUUAAAUAACUCAGGCCUUUCCAUUUGAUCAUGAAAAAUCUUACAUUCAAGGCCUAUCGCCAGCCAUCCAAAAGCAAAGACAAAGAGCAGCCACAGCAAGAUGCGGCCGCAGAUCCCCAGCAGAGCUCCUAUCUGAAGCGCCGAGAGCAAGUUCGAAAAGCACAACGAACCCACCGUGAACGAAAAGAGGCAUACAUCAAAUCCUUGGAGAGUGAGGUUCUUCAACUCCGCACCAACGAAACGAAGAUCAUGCAAGAAACGAUGGGUCUUUAUAAGGAAAUUGGACGACUUCAGAAGCUGCUGGCCCAGAACGGGAUUGAAGCCUCACCCUCGCAAUAUGUCCAAACCGCCCCUUCGAGUUCAGGGGACGAUGUCCCGACCACAUCGGUUCUCAGCGUUCGACGAAACCGUAAAUUGGAUCAAAUUCACGUAGGGGGUAGUGAUUCUCAGACUGGAACUGACGACUUCUUCCUUUCUGGGGAUAGUUCUAGCGCGCCAAACAGUCGCUGGAAGAAUUUCUUCGGGAAGAAACCCAGUCAAGGGUCUGACGGAGGUAGUUCUCAAGGUCAAACAUCCAACCCAGCAAUAAGUCCUGACGCCGGAGUCGAAGAAGCCCCUAUAGCCUCCGCAGGCAUCGCCCAAAUGGACCUCGCAAACGUAGGGAUGGAAUUCGUGCUGACUCUAGAAAGCCCCUGUCUCCACCACACCCAAGGCAAUCCAAAGGAACCGCACGCUCCAUCCGGCCACGCUUUAACAGUUUCCGCUCCUCUGCUCUUCCAAGCACCUUCAGCCUCCACAUCGCAGCUCCCGUCAUCGAACUGGGAGGCGCCAAAGCUAGGCCUGGAAAGGCUGUUGGAGCUCUCUUCGAAUAUAGAAUUGGGCGACGACGAGAUGACGCCUGUGCAAGCAUGGAAUUACAUCCGGAAUCAUGAUGCUUUUACGCAGAUAGACGUGCAAUCACUGAGGAAGUUGACGCAGGAUUUGCUGGGGGUGGUUAAGUGUUAUGGGUUUGGUGCUGUUAUCGAGAAAACUGUGUUGGAGAAUAUGGUUUUUGAUUCUUUCGUGGUUGGAAGGGUGUUUUCAAGCUCGAUCUAGUGAGCAUGUGCUAUGGCUUGAAGGGUCGUAGCAGCAUGCUGGCGUUGGUACAUUCGUAGAAUAUACCAAUAAGAAAUGAUACAAAGGAAAACUACAGCUUAUUUGAAG